CAGAAGAAGACGCUGUAAACAUGGUUAGCUUUUAGCUCACGUUUAGCUCAUUCUUUCAGCUUUAUUUCAGACUUAAAAUCAAACAGGACGCGUUUGACUGAAAGGCAGUAAUGGCCUCGCCCCCCACCAUCUCCACCCUGCGCCUCCUCCUCCCCCCACUCCGCCUGCUGACAGCCGCCAUGUGGCAGGUUGCCCAGCAACAGAGUGUGCAGCAUUAUGGGAUGCUGGAGGACUUUGUCUCCGUGGUGACCGAGGCAGUCCCUCAGCUGCUGACGGACAGGCAGAGGAGGCUGCUGCUGCUGGCGCUCAGAGCUAAGGUGACCCUCAGCAACCCCCAGACCCACCUGGACAAACUCUGCUCCGAGGACACGGCGGAUGAAGACACGUCCUGUCUGCUGUCUCUGCGGAGUCCUGACAACAGACAGCUCCUCCUGCAGGAAGUGUUCGACCACAGCUUCGACUCCGCCCUCCAGGAGCUCAUCUCCGACUUCCUGUCCCGGACGGAGCAGCUGUUUCCUGUGCCCGACUUCAAACAGGCAGCCUGCUGGCUCGCUGCUGCCCCCAGGGGUCUGGAGGAGGGCCUGCAGGAGGCGGAGCACCUGAGGGAACUGCUGACCCAUCAUAGCUGUCGGCUGGGGAAAGCCACCACCACAGUGAGUCAGGACACGGAGAACGUGCUCCUCACAGCGUGGUCCCACCCCCUCCUCAACAAACCAACCAAUCAGGAGCCUCUUCCAGCUGACAUCCAAUCAGAAGCUCACCCAGAUGUCCUUUCGGAUCCUGUCCCUGAUGUCCAAUCAGAAGCUGUCCCUGACGUCCAAUCAGAGCCGGUGUCUGAGGAGCAGCAGGUGAAGGUGGAGGUGGUUGUGCUGACGGAGGAUCAGGAGGAGACUGUGAUUGGUCACGGCGAGGAGCAGGAAGCGUCCAAUGAGAGCUCAGCAGGUGGAGGGGACACAUGGGACGUCACACCUGUGAUUGUCGAGGUGCACAGGCUGAAGGACUCACCUGGAGACUGUGCCGGUCAAUCAGAGGACAGAGCUGGCCAAUCAGACCAGAGCUCUGAGGCCCCGGCUAACAGUGGUUACAGAGUGUCCCGCGCUCAGAGGGUCGCACACAGGUGUCCUCAGUGUGGGAAGUGCUUCAUCUACAGGUCCCAGGUGAUCCGUCACCUGAGCACCAACAAGUCGUGCGGCGCUGCGCUGUCGACAAUGCAGGCCCCGCCCCCCGCAGCAGAGCCCCUCCCCCCAGGCCCCCCCCCUGCCCGCUCUCACUCCUGCUUCCAGUGCAGCGCCUCCUUCAGGACGCAGGCGGAGCUACGCAGCCACCAGAGCAGCCACCGCGCCCGCCCGCUGUUCUCCUGCUCGUCCUGCCCGCAGAGCUUCAGCCACCUGUCCAGCCUCACCGCACACACACUCACACACACGCAGCGGGGGGGUCACUUCAGCUGCCCCACUUGCAGCCGAGGGUUCCCCACCGCCCGGCAGUGUGACACCCACCGGCUGCAGCACCACCCCCCCACCCUCACCUGCUCCGUCUGCCAGCAGGGCUUCAGCUCCCAGACCCGCCUCCUGAGGCACCAGCAGACCCACUCAGCCGAGGGGGCGGAGCUCCAGUUCAGCUGCCGCUUCUGCGAGCUCACCUUCCCAGGUGUGACCCAGCUGCGAAUCCACCAGCGCUCCCACACGUCCCGCCCCUUCCCCUGCGACCUGUGCAGUAAGGCGUUCGGCACCGCGGCCGGGCUGCAGUCUCACCGGGCCGGGCACGGGGCGGAGCGGCGCUUCCUGUGCCCUCAGUGCGGGAAGCGCUUCAAGACACGGGACGGGCUGGAGGGUCACCUGAGGACUCACAGCGGGGAAAGACCCUUCCGCUGCCCCUACUGCCCCAAGGACUUCACAGCGCUCGCUGGCCUCAACGUGCACGUGCGCCGCCACACUGGGGAGCGCCCGUACGUGUGCACGGUGUGCGGGAAGGGCUGGCCGUCCGGAGGAGACCUACAGAAGCACAUGAGGAUGCACACGGGCGAGCGGCCUUACCGCUGCCAGGAGUGCGGGAAGGGCUUCUCCAUCUCCUGUCACCUGACGGAGCACCGGCGCAUCCACACAGGUGAGCGUCCCUUCUCGUGUCCUCAAUGCGGGAAGUGUCUGCGCAGGAAGUUCGACCUGCAGAAGCACCUGCUGUCCCACAGCAACGUCAGACCCUACGCCUGCUCCACCUGCAGCAAGAGCUACACCAGGAAGACACACCUGAACAGACACCUGCUCACACACACCUGAACAGACACCUGCUCACACACACCUGAACAGACACCUGCUCACACACACCUGAACAGACACCUGCUCACACACACCUGAACAGACACCUGCUCACACACACCUGAACACACACCUGCUCACACACACCUGAACAGACACCUGCUCACACACACCUGAACAGACACCUGCUCACACACACCUCAACAGACACCUGCUCACACACACCUCAACAGACACCUGCUC